AGAGAGAGAGAGAGAGAAGGAGAGCGUGUGUGUGAGUGGGAGCAGAAGCAGAGACUCUGCAGUGUCUUGGCAGCUGCAGCAGUGCAUCUCCCACCGCCGUCCACGAUGCCUCCACGGAUGAUACCCGCCUCCUCCGCCUUCACCUGACCGCAGAAACCGAUAUGAAGUCGUCGGGAAACUGAUCCGGACGUUCACACCUGCUCGCUGUCUGUAUGCCCCACACCUCCUUCCCUUCCGACACCCCCAGGAGUCAGUCAGGAGAGCUUCAUCCGCGCACCCAAAGCCAUUUGGCGAGAAUUUUAUUUUAUUGUAUUUUUUUUAAUGUUAAAAUGGCGAUAGGAAAAAAAUCUCGCAGCAUCGUCUGCUUUGUAUCAGUCCAAGUCCUCCUGAUUUUCAGCGCGUCGUGGCCUGGAGCAGAGGGUCUUACAUUCCCACAGCAAUACACGAUAAUGCACUGGGCCAGGCGGAUCCAGCAGGAGAUUGACAGAGCCUUUCAGCACAUCACUGGAGUUCAGCAGCUGAAAGGGAUAUACAAUGAAGAAAGGCGACACUUCAAGCUGGCGAAGAAUGAGCCGCGCAGGAUUGUGGAAAAGGUGGCUUUGGAUAUAGAAAAACUCCUGGCAAAGAAGCGUAAAGCACUUGAUCGCUUAGCGAGUGAAGCAGAGCGGCUCCAACGGGAACAUCUAUGGCAAGACGGACUUAAGGAGCUUGACAUGGCCUACUAUGACUCCAAAGCUGAUUUGGAAUAUUACUCCAUGGAUGGAGAGGCAGAGGUGGAAAACCCCUCCCAACUCAAGCUGGAGUUUGUGUACGAUCCAAACUUCAAAAAUAAUGUCAACUUCUCACACACUGCAGUUCAGAUCCCGACAGAUAUUUACAAAGGAGCUCCAGACAUCCUGAAUGAGCUGAACUGGACGCAGGCGCUGGAGAGAGUGUUUAUGGAGAACAGCAGGGAGGAUCCGUCGCUGCUGUGGCAGGCGUUUGGGAGCGCGACAGGAGUCACUCGCUACUAUCCAGCAUCUCCGUGGAAAGCGCCUGACAAAAUCGACCUGUACGAUGUCCGGAGGAGGCCUUGGUACAUCCAAGGGGCUUCAUCUCCCAAAGACAUGGUCAUCCUUGUUGAUGUGAGCGGCAGCGUCAGCGGACUCACGCUCAAGCUGAUCAAGGCGUCUGUCAUGGAAAUGCUGGACACUUUAUCUGACGACGACUACGUCAACGUGGCCAGAUUCAAUGAGAAGGCUGAGGCAGUGGUCCCUUGCUUCAAGCAUCUAGUCCAGGCUAACGUGCGAAACAAAAAGAUUUUCAAGGAGGCCGUGCAGCAAAUGCAAGCUAAAGGCACCACUGACUACAAGUCUGGGUUUCAUUUUGCCUUUAACCAGCUUCUUAACAAGACAAAUGUCCCGCGGGCUAACUGCAAUAAAAUAAUUAUGCUGUUUACUGAUGGAGGGGAGGAUAGGGCUCAGGAUGUCUUCCUACAAUAUAACUGGCCCAACAAAACGGUCCGUGUGUUUACCUUUUCCGUGGGUCAACAUAACUACGACGUGACGCCUUUACAGUGGAUUGCUUGUACUAAUAAAGGUUACUAUUUUGAGAUCCGUUCCAUCUGUGCCAUACGGAUUAAUACCCAGGAGUACCUGGACGUGCUGGGGCGCCCUAUGGUUCUGGCAGGCGGCGUGGCCAAGCAGGUUCAGUGGACCAAUGUGUAUCAGGACGCUCUGGGUCUCGGCCUGGUAGUGACGGGGACUCUGCCUGUGUUCAAUCUUACUAUGAAUGGAAACUCACAGAAUCAGUUAAUAUUAGGCGUCAUGGGAGUGGAUGUACAUUUAGAUGAGAUAAAGCGACUCACACCACGCUAUAACCUUGGAGCCAACGGAUACAUAUUUGCCAUCGAUCCAAAUGGAUAUCUGCUCCUCCAUCCUAAUCUCCAGCCGAAGCCUGUGAACCUCCCCGAACCCGUGACCUUGGACUUCCUGGAUGCAGAAGUAGAGGACAGUAAUAAGGAGGAGAUUCGACGACAGAUGAUUGAUGGAAAACCAGGGGAAAUGCAGAUAAAAACUCUCAUUAAUUCUGUUGAUGAUCAAUACAUCGAUGAGGCAUACAGACGUUACACCUGGACUCCAAUCAAUGACACUGAUUACAGUCUUGGUCUGGUAUUACCUCCCUACAGUGAGAACUUCAUCCAGGCAGACCUGAGCGAUGUGAUGGUGCAGCUCCAGUAUAUGCAGUCAUUGUUGCCGAGCUCCUUUGAGUCCUCGGGGCAUGUUUUUCUGGCUCCCAGAGAAUACUGCAAGAACCUGCAGCUUUCUGAUAACAACACACAGUUCCUGCAGAACUUUCUCUCUCUCAUGCUGGAUAUCUCCCCAGAGUCCGAUGAAUGUGACCAAGGUCUCAUCCACAAUCUUAUCCUGGAUUCCAGGAUUAUUGGUCAGCUUGCGUCUCGUGUUUGGAAGAAACAGGAUCUGAAUGCAUACGGCUUCCUUGCUGUUUUUGGAUCCACUCAUGGAGGAAUAACACGAGUUUUUCCCAACAUAGCUGCUGAGUUGUGGGACGAGGAUCCAGAACCGUUUAAUUCGGAUUACUACAGAAGAAGCCUGGACAACAAAGGCUACAUGUUCAGACCUUCUCUGAGACCCUCAGAUGAUGACCCUUAUGGGGCUGAAAACGGCACCACAGGAAUCCUGGUUAGUUCAGCUGUCGAGGUCGAUUUAGGAGGAAAACUGCUCAAGCCUUCAGUGAUUGGAGUGAAGCUAGACCUGGAGGCGUGGGUGGACAAGUUUAAAAUCCUGGCCAGCAACGUGUCAGAUAACCGACAGGGGUCACACAAGUGUGGACCAUCCAGAAGCUGUGAGAUGGACUGUGAAGUAAACACAGAUGACUUGCAGUGCUAUCUCAUCGAUGAUGGCGGCUUCCUCGUCAUGUCCAAUCAGAGAGAUCACUGGAAACAGAUUGGCCUCUUCUUCGGUGAUGUGGACCCAUUCCUGAUGUAUGCGCUCUACAACAACUCCAUCUUCGCUCGUCGACAGUCCUUCCAGUACCAGUCUGCGUGCGAAAUGGUCAGCAGAAGCCAUACUGGAGCAGCGCCGAGAGGCAUCUAUGUGCCAUCCAUAGGUGAUGUCUUGAGCUUGGCGUGGUGGACGUCCACACUGGCAUGGUCUGUGAUUCAGCAGCUUCUCUAUGGACUUGUUUACAGCAGCUGGCUCCACCAAGAUGACAUCUUUAUUGAUGCCUUUGAGACAAAACAAAGCAGUUGUGUGACCAUCCAAAGCCAGUUCUACUUCACAAACACCACCAACUCCUACAACGUCCUGCAGGACUGUGGAAACUGCUCACGGCUGUUCCACUCAAAGCGGAUUGAAAACACCAAUUUGCUCUUUGUGGUGGCUGAGACAUUGCCCUGCAGCUCCUGUGAGAUUGAGAAACUGUCCCAGAUCAAGAGGGAGUUUCAGGAGGAAAAUCCAUGUGAACUGCUGAGCAAUGCGCGAUAUCGUAGAGGUCCAACUCCCUGCUUUGACUACAGUGCCUUAGAAAACACGUCAGAGUGUGGUCGAGGUUCUUCAUUUCAGGCCUCUAUAGGAACCCUUCUCUUCAUUCAGCUCAUUCUGCCUCUGUUUCAUCUCUCAUACAUCCAAACACUCUGACAUGUUCCCUCUCCUCGGAUUUAGGCUCGGAUCUACGGAAGGUCAGAUCAAACUGUGAUGAAUUUAUUUAUUUAUUUUUUCUUUUUGCUGACUACUCACAGUGUGUUGUGCUUUGAUUGGAAAGCCCUGUAACUGCCCCUGAUGUUUUUUUCCUGCCUUAUUGCUUAUUCAUUUCUUGGCUUUUUGAGGGCUCAAAUGCAAAAUCCUGGAGGGAAAUGCAUCAAAUGCAUGCAGCUUAACCUCGUUGAGAACAUUAGCUUUUAUUUCUGUUUUCCACAUUUAAAUAAAACAAUAAAAAAAGGUCACAGAGGCAGUCAAGGUUUACCUUAAAGAGGAGUGAGUAACAAUGAAUUAUAAACCUGCUUGUUUUAAUAUGCUUUCAAUUAACUGAGAUCACAAAAGGUGUCAGAAGCACAUUAUGGAAAUGUACCAUUACAGGGGAAGUUUCUGUAUUCCAACAUUGUACUGUAUUUUAAAAGCGUUGCAGCAUUUGUCUUACGGUUGUUUGUACAGAAACUGAUCUGAGGCAUUUAUCAUCCCUGAAGCCUGUAAGUGUAAAUAUAACAGUCAGGUGCUGAGUGAGCUUCAGACAAAAAGAUGUUGUUUUCUGACACGUUGCUUGUGCUUUCCAGAAAGGACUCCUUUGGCAUUUAGUCAGUUUCAAUACCCAAUCAGCUCUAUUACUGAUCACAUGCAUGGAAAACGGUGUGUAAAGCUUUGAAAUUUAUUUGAGCAAAGAACAAAUCUGAUUUAGAAACUUGAUUUCAUGUUGUGGAAGUUUGCUGAACUUUUACUGGUGAAAAAGUAUUAAACAUAAAAGUCUGCAAGCAGAUUUUCUGCAAGCAGAGAAAAAAAACAAAAGAAAAAAACUAAACAGAUACAAUAAUGUUAAUUUUAUCUUGAAUGAUUAUUUUAAAUAAUUUCAGUAUGAACAGGACCAAAAAUACAUUACAUUCAUCCAUCCAGCCACAGUUUAACCAUUUGGUUUUUGCAGGGUUGCAGGGGCCGGUGGCUAUUUCUGGUGGCCAGUGCACAAGACAGCACCCUAAAAUCACACCAAAGAUUAAGUUAGUUUGGCAAAUGAACCAAACAUUCAUCAUCUUUAACUGUGGGAGUAAGACAGUAUAACUGCAUGCAUGGAUGCAGUUAUACUGAGACAUGCAAACUUGAAACAGAUUCCAGAAUUUAAACCCAAGGUCAUCCUGCUGUGAAACAACAGCACUAACAACUGCUUCACUGUAUAGCUGCUGAUUGAAUCUAGCUAAAGAAUAAAAUGGUAACAUGCCCUUAAUGUAGGCUGGAACUCCUGGAAAUUACUGUACCCAUUAAAAUAAGUGUUAAGGAAAGGUUUAUCCAAUCAAAAAAGAGAGAAAAUCAGCUGCUACUAUGAACUUAUCUCUAAAGUUUUAGGAAGUCUGCGUGAAUUUAAAGCUAAUGAAGAUGCACCCCACUUUUCUACUUAAUUGUUAUUCUAAGCUGUUACUACCACGGUUUUCACAUCCAUGGGUUUGAAACUAACUACGCACCAUAUUUCCUUUGUGCCUGUUUCUGUUUACAUGUUCAGUCCUUGUCAGUGUUGUCUCACUUCAGCACAGGAAGCUCAGUUAUUGCAGCUGCAGCUGUUUUUACAUGAUGGUAGAUCUGAGCCUUAACCUCACAUUCACUGCAGUGUCUUUGACUCCAACUCUGAGGUUUGCUAAGACAGUUUGAGAAAUGUUUUCUGGGUCAAACAUGACAGGAUCCUCAACGACUUCCCUCUAGUCUCCAGGGCACGUUUUCGUCUUGUAUGUCUUUAAAUUGAGCCAGAUUUGACCACCCAAAGUUAUUGAUCCCAAUGCUUGACAGUUGUAACAUGGGAAAAGCCGAUAUAAUGAAAAAAAUGACAUAUGUUUCAUGAUACAUAUCAGUAAAAAAUAUCUUUGCAUUUUGUUUUGUCAUAAGGUUAACAAUAGGAUUUAUGGGAAAGCUUUACAGCUGCUCAGUGGGUUUUUAAUGAGCUCUCAGUUAGAUGUUGUCCAAGGAAAUAGAAUCAAACAUUGAUGGUUUAAUAAACUAUCAAUGCAUCAGCAUAAAUUACAACAUUGAUUGACAUAAUGGUAUUAUUCCUACUCUCUGCAUUCAUACAAUGUUAGAAAUGAAUAAUUCUCAAUGUGUUUCACUUAUAAAAUUAAUGAUAGUGUGUGACUAACAUGUUUUAUGCAUUUGAGACACCUUUAUGUAACUUGCAUUGCCAAAAUGUUGUCAAUUUUGAAUUUAUGCACUUGUGUAUGCUUCUGUAUGGAGAAUGUAGCUUAUAGACAGCUUUGGUGUUGUCGAUAUGAUGUGCUUGUUGAAACCACAUCUUGAUUUUAUUUGGCAUGAUUCACUGUGGCAGAACAUUUGUGUUUUAUUAUGUGUACCCUAAGAGAGACUUCAGUCAGGAGUCCGAUUUUAUUCUGAACUGAGUUUAGACCAAUACAAGCUUUUUGAUUUGUGCUUGGUCACGUUUAUGCCUUACUAUCCUCAAACCACCUCAGAACAAGGGUAUACUACAAUACUUUGACACAGCUUCACAUCUCACACAAACCCUAUAAUGCAACAUCAGCCAAUAAACCCAGCAUAACUGGGUAGUACUUAGGCAAAGGUUAGUAAAUAUGUGGGUUGGAUUUUCUGUGAUUAAACAAAAACAUUAUUUUAAUAGUUACAUCAAGUGCACGUCAACCUGCACUCUAGUUAUUACACUACAAAGUUAUAACAUUUUAGAUACAAACUCUUUUUUUUUGCUGAUGAAUCUAAAAAACAUUCCCCAAUGUGAAGAGGAAAAUCACAUAUCAGAGAUUAGAGUACACAUGGUGAAAUCCAGAAUGAAUCUCCUGCAGUGAUUCAUGCUCUCUUGUCUUUUAAAGUUGUUGUUUUUUUUCUGGCUGCUGACUUACCUGAGGUGUAUUUUAAAAGACUUUUCAAAAAAGUACUUGUAAACCAAUGUUUUUCUUUGUCAGCCUGGUGUUCAACCCUGCAGUGCCUUGCUGCACUCGUCAUUUUGGAUUACAGCAUUGAAUCUCAGCUGUGGACAUUCAGCGUGAAAGACACCCUGAAGAAUUGAAGCAGUCCAGCUUUAAAAGGUCCUAGGAAUAUUAAAAGAUGCUCAUCGUGGACAUUGACAUUUUUAAAAGGAGCACAGUUGUGAAAAAGCACAGCAAGCGGACGCUCUGCAGAAAACCCCUGAAAUUCUCUGAUGGACAGAACCUUUUUGCCGUCCUGCUUUGUCUCAUUGAUUUCUACACUGUGGUUCUGUCUUAAAUUAAAGAAUAGACUCUAGAUUUCUACUUAAUCCCAUCAACACACACUCAGUUUGUAUGUUAAACACCUACUGGAAAGAUUUGCAUAUCAGUUAGGAGUGACUGAAUUAAAUGAACAAAUAUCUACUUAAACAAAACAGACUGUUUUGCAUCUCUUCUGGAUCAUAGCAUGACGGGAACUUGGAGAACAAAGAUCUUCUGUGGGUCUGCUGUAACUUACGGGAAACUGAGUUUGAGGAACUUUGCAGCCUACAGCACAAUGUUGACUGAGGCAUUGAUUUACUUUAAAUGAUCUGUAUUUACUUGCAUGAUAUUUUGGACACUUUACAGAUAUGUGUACAUAGGUACUGAUGAGUAUUUUACAUUCAUGUCUGCAUCCAGCUCUGCAGGUCUGUGGCUGCACCCUUUUUAGAUAAGCUGCACGUGAAGAGGAGGCUGCAGAUGAAACUGAAAGUUUGACUUCAGUGAAGCCUACAGGGAUUGACGGCAUAUUGGGGAUUUGGGUCUUUUGCAGCAAAUGAAAGCACAGAGAAGUUUAAAUUUAUGAGCAACAAACUGCCCAAUGAAAAUCUCUUUUAUGUAGAAAAAAAAUCUAUGAAAAUUCCGUUUGAAACACUGAAUGUUAAUUAUGCAUAUAUAAGUUGUAUAUGAAAAUAAGACAAAGGCACACUUUCAGACAUCCACCUACUUGCUUUGUUAAUGAGAAAUAAGAUGUCAGUAUUGUUUUUUUUAUUUAUGCAAUAUUUUAUGUUUAUUUAUUUUGAACUUUUUAACAACAGAUAGAAACUGAAUGUAUUUGAAGUUUGUGAGGGCACAGGGAGUCUAAAUUGAUAUAUAGUAAAUUACCCUGUGUGUUUACGUCCUCAGAGGUUUUGGAAAACAAACACGAUUGUUUUUGCUGUGACUUUGCUUUUCAUUUUGCUGAUGUCGUUGUUUACUCUGGAACAUGUCCUCUCUUUGUGCCAGUCUCCAAUACCACCUCAUUUUGUACAGACAGUGUGACUCAGUCAGCAGAAUAUAAAGGAUGAAUUUGUAAAGAUUUUGUCAGUCUCAUUAAGGAAUAGAAAUUUAAAUGUUUAUAUCUUUGGUGAUUAAAUGCUGUUGAUAUUUUUCACUUCA